AUGCUCACACCCAAUCCAUUGUACAUGUAUUCACACAAAAUCAACGUGACUCCAAUCAGAAAAAUGGCACUUCUUCGUUAUAUGGACACCAUCUUAGUCCCGCUCAGCUUCUUCAUCACAUUUGGUUACCAUACCUAUCUUUGGUAUAAAUUCAAGACCAAACCAUCUUGCACAACAAUCGGCAUCGAAUCCAUCAAGCGGAAACAUUGGCUAAAAGACAUGAAACAGGGAGAUGAUAAUAAAGGCACGUUAGCUGUACAAAGUUUGAGAAAUACGCUGAUGAGUUCUAUACUAUCUGCCAUGGUCACAUCCAUCAUAACAGUAGCUUUGGCUGCUUUGAUCAACAACACAUACAGUGCAAAAGAUCUCUUCAGCAAUUCUUUUUUUGGGUUACAUACGACAAAAAUCCUUUUCCUAAAAUAUGGAUCAGCGUUCCUCUUCUUGUUAACUAGCUUUCUUUGUAGCUCUAUGGCUGUUGCAAACUUGAUCGACGCAAAUUACUUGAUUUAUGCAUUGGGAGCUGAACCUGAGGCUGAAGGGGUUGCAUCGCCAUCACCUUCUUCAUCUCGUAAAUACACGAGAGAUAUCUUGGAAAGAGGGUUUAUUUUGGCUAUUUUUGGAAACAGAAUGCUUUGCAUCACGUUUCCUGUAUUAUUUUGGUUGUUUAGCCCGGUGGUAUUUGUGAUUGCCUCUUUAGUGUUAGUUUGGGGACUCUAUGUGCUUGAUUUUGUUAAUGUCGCACCUUACUACUGA